AUGGAUCCCGGCCAUAGCAAGAAGCGAAAGUUCAAAGACGCCAACGGCGUCAAGCCUUCUACCAAACGCUCUUCUGAAGGUGUCGCGGUUUCUUCGAAAAAGUUGAAGAAGAGCGAACCGGUGCGCCCUCCGUUGCCAGUCGACGAUGAUACUAGCGACGAAUCCGAGUCUGAAGCCGAGGCGAGCGACGAAGAGGACGAGAAUGAGGACGGUCUAUCUGAAUCCUCUCCUGAUGAUGAAGAAGCCGAGGCAGACGACGAAGAGAAUAUUGAGAACGCAGACCUGAACAGUCACACCGAUGAUGCAGUACCUACACAAAACAAUCUUUCUCUACCCCCAGCCGCAGGCACUACAGCCCAAGGCUUCGCCGACUUGAACCUCUCCGAGAAGACAAUGAAGGCCAUCGACGACAUGGGUUUCACAAAGAUGACGGAGAUCCAGAGGAGAGGCAUACCUCCAUUGCUCGCAGGCAAGGAUGUGCUCGGAGCAGCAAAGACUGGAUCCGGCAAGACCUUAGCGUUCCUCAUACCAGCUGUGGAGAUGUUGAGCGCUCUUCGAUUCAAACCACGAAAUGGUACCGGUGUUAUUGUUCUAUCUCCCACGCGAGAACUGGCACUUCAGAUAUUUGGUGUUGCGAGGGAGCUUAUGAAAUACCAUUCUCAGACUUACGGCAUCGUCAUCGGUGGUGCGAAUAAAAGAGCCGAGGCCGAUAAGUUGUCCAAGGGUGUCAACCUUCUCAUCGCGACUCCUGGGCGCCUGUUGGAUCAUCUUCAGACUACCCCUUUUGUCUUCAAGAACCUUAGGUCACUGGUCAUUGACGAAGCCGACCGCAUUCUCGAGAUUGGUUUCGAAGAUGAAAUGAGACAAAUCAUCAAAAUCUUGCCCAAGGAGGAGAGACAGUCAAUGCUGUUUUCUGCUACACAAACCCAAAAGGUCGAGGAUCUGGCGCGCAUCUCUCUAAGGCCUGGACCGCUAUAUGUCAAUGUCGAUGAAGAGAAGCAAUUCAGCACGGUAGAGGGUCUGGAGCAGGGCUUCGUCAUAUGUGACGCCGACAGGAGAUUUCUUCUUCUCUUCUCAUUCUUGAAAAAAAUGCAAAAGAAGAAGGUCAUCGUCUUCUUCAGCAGCUGCAACUCAGUGAAAUACUACGCUGAGCUACUGAACUACAUUGACCUCCAGGUGCUGGAUCUCCAUGGCAAGCAGAAGCAACAAAAGCGGACCAACACUUUCUUCGAGUUCUGUAAUGCCAAGUCUGGCAUCCUGAUCUGCACCGAUGUUGCGGCUCGUGGUCUAGAUAUCCCUGCAGUUGACUGGAUUGUCCAAUUUGAUCCUCCUGAUGACCCGAGAGACUAUAUUCACCGUGUUGGACGAACAGCUCGAGGUAGCAAUACGAAGGGAAGGUCGCUGAUGUUCCUACAACCGAGUGAAGUUGGCUUCCUCGCACAUUUGAAAGCCGCACGCGUUCCCGUAGUUGAGUUCGACUUUCCGGCCAGCAAGAUCCAGAACAUCCAGUCACAACUCGAAAAGCUUAUUGGCCAGAACUACUACCUAAACCAGAGUGCAAAAGAGGGCUACAGGAGUUAUCUUCACGCCUAUGCUAGCCAUAGCUUGCGGUCAGUCUUUGAUGUCCACAAACUCGACCUAGCGAAGGUUGCGAAGGGCUUCGGUUUUGCAACUCCACCGAGAAUCGACAUAUCGCUUGGUGCGGGCAUGAGCAGAGAUCGUAAAACACAAGGCAGAAGGGCAUAUGGCAGUCAACCGAGACAGCCAGGCAAAACAGGGUUCAAGAAGAGGUAA